UAUACAGUAUACACAAUGCAUAUGAAAUAUCUUCUAUCAGUCUGUCAACCAAGUGUUUCUUUUUCUGCAGGUAUCAGUGGAUAUCACCAUGACACUGACAAAACACAAGCAUCAGCAAACUCAGUGAUUGUCCAGUAUAAAAAGCGGAUUUGCAGUGAGUACCAGCAUGUUACAGAGUAUAACUCACUGCCCGGAGAAAAUGUGCUGCUGUGUCAGCGCUACACUGAACCUCUGAUCAUUCAAAGACAUAGAGAUCAAAAAGAAAGAGAAGAAGAGAUCUCCUCAAAAGGAGAAAGUUUCCAGAAGGUCUUCAGCUCCAGGAGCAGUCAUGAAUCUGUCCUGAACUCUCUGUUUCACACAGAUGACCAUGGGAUCACUCCUAGAGCUGUCAUACUGCAGGGAAACUCUGGGAAUGGAAAAUCUUUUGCUGUGCAGAAGAUCAUGAUGGACUGGGCAUCUGGUAACCUCUACAAAGAUCAAUUUGAUGUUGUGUUUCACUUGAAGUGUAAAGAAAUUAAUUGCAUUCCUGGUGAAAAGAGUUUGUUGGAGCUCUUGAGCUGGAGUUGUGGUUUAACUUUAGAUGAGAUCUCACAGAUGCUCCAGCGGUCAUCAGAGAGAGUGCUCUUCAUUAUUGAUGGGUUUGAUGAACUCAGACUCCCACAGGACGAUAAUAACGUGACAUCACCCACAGAUCCAGACCAGAGAUGCACACCUGUGCUCACACUUUGUGCCCUGCUGAGAGGACAUCUCCAGGCGAACUCUUUCCUCUUGGUCUCCAGCAGAUCAACAGCUACAGACACUUUAAGCCGUCUGCUCAAGAAUCCUCAGCGUUUCACUGAGAUUAUGGGCUUCUCUGAAAGGGGGGUGGAGGAGUAUUUCCAGAAGUUCUUUCAGGAUGAGGGACUCUUUGGGAACGCUUAUAUGUUUGUGAAGGACAAUGAAACCCUGUUCACUGCUUGUUCCAUUCCUGUCAUCUGCUGGAUCAUCUGCACAGUUAUCAGAGAAAGAUUCAAUGAUGGUGCAGAUAUAACAAGCGGUCUGGAAACAACCACAUCUAUAUAUGUUGACUUUGUGUUCACUUUACUGGAGCAUCACAGUCAGGGCUUGAAUCAAUCUGUGCCAAAUCUGCUGAUGAGUCUGGGUCAACUGGCAGAGAGAGGGAUGCAGGAACAACAAGUUUUGUUUGAUGUGCAGACUGUCCAUAAAACAGUGCAAGAUCCUGCAUGCUGUCCAUUUCUGUGUAAAUUUCUCUUUAAAAGAAGAAUCCAGCAGGAGACAAUGUUCAGCUUCAUGCAUCUCAGCUUUCAGGAGUUCUUCACUGCUCUGUACUAUGUCUGUCUGGAUAAAGACCAGGCCAUGAUGAAACUUAGCGAGCUAUGUUCCAAUGAUCAAACGCAUGAAAAUUAUUAUAAACCAUCACGUUUUUUAGAUGUGGUGAAGUUUAUUUUUGGUCAAUUAAAUAAGGACUUGCAAAGCACACUUAGGAAACAUGGUCUGUCUGUUCAUCGAAACGCAGAGGCCCACAUGAAAAAAUGGUUCAUAAAUGUGAUUCAUUUUGCUAUUUGGAGAGGGCCAUUUCUGUUUACCUAUCUUUAUGAACUCCAUGAAAAGAGCUUUGUGGAAGAAGCUAUGCAGGCCUGGGGUAGCAUUCAUUUAUAUGGAAUCUUAAGAAGAAUAGACUGUUGGGCCUUGAAGUACUGCGCUCAGUGCUGCCACAGCAUCAGUUCAAUCUAUCUUGGUGAUUGCAAGUUAACACCUGACAAGUUGUCUAUAAUUCUGCCUGUAGUCCACAAGUUUGAGAUUUUAGUGUAAGUAACUAAACAGUUCCUUAGUGGAAACAUAGGGGGUUGCAUUCAAAGGGGUCAUAUGAUGGUUAACUUUAUUUUGUGUAUCUGGUUUAAUACAGUGUGUUAACAUGAUGUAAGAUAUAAAACACAAUUUUUCUCAUACAAAAAUCUUUCUGAAAAGCACAGUUUGCUCUAAUUGGCCAGCUGACCCAGUGCGUUGUGAUUGGCUGAAUACCUCAAGCUUGUAGUGGUACUUUGCAGGUCUUAUACAUGCACACACAGCUACAUAACACUAAAGAAAAAGGAAAACAUGAAAUAGCAUCAUAUGACCCCAUUUUUUUUUAUGUUUAACCUUAAGGGCAGGGUCAAUCCCUGGCCAUAAUUUUGUUUAUUUGAUUAACAAAUGCAAUUCUAAAUAAAAAUACAAUGUUUACAUGGAUGAUAAAUUAGUCUGUACAGUAAUGCUCUGGAUUUGAUUUUAAAGCUUGUUUGUAGAAAAUGUAACAGACUCUGAUCUUGUUGAUCUGAUGUGUGCUGUUACAAGAGGACAUAACCAAAGGUAAUGUAUUUAUAAUAGCACUUAUCCUAAAUAAAUAUUUUAUGUACUUCGCACCACAUGCACUAUAAUUCUUUAGUGUGCAUCAUUAAUUGUUCAUAAUAAAUUUUUCUGUGCUGUGAUUUGCAGGGUUGA